CUCCAUGAGAGCUACCGGGACUGAAGCUCAUUUGUUCCCGGGCGGAGCAGCAGCAGCACCGCAGACCUCCAUCCUCCAUCCUCCAGAACCGGAGCACUCAGCGGCCAAAGGCAGCGUCAAUCCUCGGUAGAGAGCGCGGACAGCCCGCAGACAUGAGCUCGGACGUGGCGGUGUCUCUGUUGGUGCUCGCCGGUAUCGUUGCUCUGAGCGAUGCGACCCGCAGGUUGCUGUUCCGGGCCCUCGCGCACACCGGUCUGUCGGUGUACGCGAUGGAGCUCGUGUCCACCUUCCAGCUGUGCUGCUGCACGCACGAGCUCAAGCUGCUGUCUGAGGUCGGCGGGAUCGAGCCUCGUCUCGCGCUCACCUUGACGUACGUGGCGGCCGUCGUGCACGGGCUCACCUUCCGAGGCGCCUUCGGUAACCCCUCCGGUGCGCUCGAGCACGCGUACCGCGCGCAGCUCACCGGCGGAUGCGCACUGCGGAGGAUCGCGUGUCAGUUUAUCGCUGCCGCCGCUGCGCGAGCCGCGGUUCCGGUGCUCUGGAGCGUCGGGCUGUCCGGGCUGCACGCGCGGCACAAGCUGCUGGGUUUCCGGUGCAUCAGCCCCAUUCACGUGCCCUUACCGCAGGCCGCCGCAGUGGAGCUCGCGUGCGCCUUCGCGGUUCAAACCAUCAUCACGCACACGCGGUCGGUGGAGGAGAAAUACCGCGUGCACGCGGUAGCGGCGACCAUCACUACAGUGGUUUAUGCAGGUGGAGGUGUGACUGGAGCCGUGUUUAACCCGGCCUUGGCCUUCUCCACUCAGUUCCCCUGCAGCGGACACUCCUUCCUGGACUACUGCUUAGUGUACUGGCUGGGACCACUGCUGGGAAUGAUGAGUUCGGUGCUGCUGUUUGAUAAACUCGUCCCUUCGCUGUGGAGGAAGUCUUCUUCUCUGGAUCUACCGCUGGACGCCAAGAAGUCGACCUGAACACGACAAGGCAUCGUUCCAACCUGAGCACAGUUCCUGAUAGAACCGUUCAGCUUCUGCUGAGGAAACAGAACGCUGAUAUGCACUUUUAUAGACGAGACUUUAACCUGAAGGAUGGUUUUUGACUUUGGAUCAUAAUCUUCCAGGACGAUCUCACAUCAGAAGCACCUCUAAGACAAAUGUAAACUUUCAGAGGUUAUAUUUUCUCUUCAUGCCUGCAGAAUUACAACAGAAGUAGCCGGUUAGCACUUUAUUUUGAGUUACUACACUAAUAAUUAGUUCACUGGAAAGUUAAGAAUGUGAUGUUUGGUUCUAUUACACUGAUGAACUUUGUUUGAACUGUGAAUAUUAUUCCUGUUUAUAGUUGAUGACAUUCCAGAGCAGAGCACAGUCUAAAAAACAACUCAACACGUCUGUUAGUUUUUGCACAGAUUAAUUGGUGCCUUUGAAUUCUCUGUAACACACAUUAAAGUGUAAAAUCAGUUA